UCACACCUUUACCACCUACCAAAGUAUGUUUUCUCUCCGUUCGCGGCUGAUACAGCUAUUGCCUGCUUCCAGAGCACCAAUUCGUCUGCUUGACGGCCAAUUCUCUAGAUCUGUGGUCCCUUCUCAACCUUUGAAAUUGUUGUCGUACACGACCAAUUCUCAAGCCAAACGGUUGCUGACUUCAUCGUCUAGUAGGAAGAUGUCUUUCUCAAACACAAACACAGGCGACAAGCCCGCCGACCCUUACAAGGCAGCCAAUGCCGACACUAAUGUUUCAGUCGAUCAGAAGAUCAAGGACCUGAGUGACUUCAUCGACGCCAGCAAGUUCGGAAUGAUGACCACACGUGACGCCAGCUCCGGCAGGCUUGUCUCACGGUGUAUGGCCGUCGCGGCCAAGGAGUCCGGCGGCAUUGACCUCCUGUUCCACACAAACACCGAGUCCAAUAAGACAGACGAGCUCCAGGACGACUCCCACGUCAACAUCUCCUUCCUGAACGCCUCUGGAGAGUGGGCCUCUGUCUCAGGAACGGCAUCUGUGCAAACUGAUCGGGACUUGGUCAAGAAGCACUACAGCCCUAUUCUCAAGACGUGGCUGGGAGACCUCGGAGAUGGCAAGCACGACGGAAGCGAGAACGACCCUCGCAUUGGUGUGAUUCGUGUCAAGACAGUCACCGCAACAUAUGCGGUUGUGGCCAAGAACUUCAUAGCUCGAACAGCAGAAAUAGCCCAGGGCGCGGUGACUGGCAAGCCUGCUGCCGUCAACAACCUGAGGGAGAUCUCGGAGGCUGAGGUCACCCAGUGGAGGAGUGUGCACUAG